AUGAACUCAAAAUCCUCAUCCCUCUUACCUCUUUUCACAAUCUUGAUUAUUUUUUACCCAGUUUUAAUUCAUUCUGAUGAUGCAAAGGACAAACAAGAGUGUGCACAGCCAUUGGCUGGGCUUGCCACGUGUCUGCCAUACGUUGGUGGCUCAGCUAGAACCCCCACACCAGAUUGCUGCACCGGGCUGAAGCAGAUUUUGAAGACCAACAAAAAGUGCCUUUGUGUGGUUGUAAAGGACGGAAAUGACCCUGACUUGUCCCUCGGUAUUAAUGUCACACUUGCUUUGGGCCUUCCUCAGGUUUGCAAUCAGCCUGCUAAUGUUUCACAGUGUCCUGCUUUGCUCAACUUGCCUCCAAAUUCACCAGAUGCUCAGAUUUUCUAUCAGUUUGGGCCCAAAUCCAGCAAUGCUCCUGCCAGUAGCCCACUUGCUGGAGGCCCAACUCCCAAUGGAGCUGACGGGCCAAGUGCCGGUGUUCGAGGCAUUGGGGGGAGAACAAACAUAAGGAGGCCUCAGCCUAGUAACAAUCAUGGAACUUGCAUCCAAGUGAAGAGAAAAUGGCUUGGAUUGGAAAUCAUGUUAGGACUAAUUUUAUCAUAUGGUUUAGUUAUGUAUUAUUAG